AGUCGACCUCCCAUCCCAUCCUGGCGCCUCAUCGCAUAUAUACCCCCAUCACCAUGUACCAGCGGCAUGUCCGCCCGUCAGCGGGCUUAAUAGGGCGGCCGUUAUCUCACGACAUAUCGAGCAUUGCCAAUGCCUCCCGACGGGCCUUCCACAUAACCUCCUCCGCAUGCGAAGAAAAGGACCCUUCAUCACCAGCAAUACCCCCAACUCCUCAACGCGACUCCCGCGUCGCCCGCUCCAGCAACGCAUUCGCCCAACUCAACAGCCUCCCCCGAAAGCCCACCAUGACCCCGAUCGGCGGCCUGCGCGCAGGUGUCUUCAGAAGCGGCCAGAAGCCUUCCACCCCACCCCCGGCACAGCUCCUUCAGCGACGCACACCCCCGGCCAGACUCCCUGAUGGAACACUUGCCCCUACUGCUGGGGCAUCAGCUGCUGGAGCCCCAAAGCUGCUCAUCCGGAGACUCGUAAACCCGAACCAGCAAUACCGUGACGAUGGCCCUACCAGCGGCGCGGGGUUUGCGCCUCGUGGUCCCCGGGCUCCUCGCGAAGGAAGGGAAAGAGGAGAACGGCCAAGGCGUGAGGGAAGGGGUCGGAAAGACCGCGAUGACCAGAAAGGGCGUAAACGGCCGGAGCCGGAGUUGAUUGAUGUGGCUGAUCAUCUCACGGAUGGAGACGUGUUACAUCUUCUGCGGUUGCAGCGCGCGGCGUGGGACCCGAAGCCGUACGAGCCGAUAUACUCCGCUGAAAGCGAUGCUAUCAACUCACUAGUGGAGAAUGGGCGGAAGCUCAUCUUUGGGGAGGAGGUGGAGGAGAAGCCAUGGAUCCGGUUGACGAAAAAGGAGAAAAAGGCGCUGGCGGAGGAGAAGCAAAGGGUUGCAGGAGGGAAAUAUGAGAUUAGCGCGCUAGGGCUAGCGAAGGGGAGUAAGAAGGAAGAACUGUGGAUGGGAACGGCGUUGAGGGGCUCACAGACGAAUGCGUCAUUCACGACGAAGGAUCGGGAUAUGUUCUUGGGUAAGCUGUCAGGCUUCAUGGGAAUAAAGGCGCCGCUGCAGGCUACUGUGUAGUAAACAGCGCGACGUUAAGCUAAGUGUAGAAUAUGUAAAUUUACAAGUAAGGUCUUUUGUCACUGUUCGUAAUGCUCGGGAAUUCCCAAUGGAAGCACAUUUCCGCAUCGUCUGCUCAUUUCAAACCAC